AGCACAUCGCUAAGCGAAGCGCGACCGGCAAAUAAAUUGUUUUCGUUAAUUUUGCAAACAAUAUCAAACCGAAUUGAACCGAGAACAAGAUGCAGGAGUUCUUCAGCGUGUUGCUGCCGGAUGUGAAGCGGGAGCUGCGCCGCGGGAUCGUCGAAUGCUCCAAGCGGGGUCUGCUUUACAGCACCAAGUGGCUGGCGGAGAUGCACAACGGAUUGGCCGACGUGCAAAUAGAUAAUGAAGCUCCCAAUGAGGAUCGCACGUUCAGCGAAUGCCAGCUGGAAGGGAUUGCGCCGGCAGAGUACAGCGACUAUUUUCUGGCCAAGAGCUAUUACGAUGUAAGGGAGUACGAUCGGGCGGCCCAUGCAGUUAGGAACUGCGAGUCCAGUGUGCCGCGCUUUCUGCACUUUUACUCCACAUACAUGGCGCGGGAAAAGCGCCGACUGGACUCCACCACCGACCAGGCCAAUCUCCACGAACCGAAUCAGAUGCGUGACCUCGCCGAUCUACUGGCCACAUUGCGUAUGGAGUACGGAAAGAGCCGGCUGGACGGCUACGGCAUCUAUCUGUAUGGUGUCGUCCUGAAAGCCCUGAAUCUCAACCAGGCUGCCGAGCAAAUGCUCAUCCAGGCCAUUAGACUGGUGCCCAUGUUGUGGAGCGCCUACCUAGAACUAUCUCCGCUCAUUAUGGAGAAGAAGAAGCUGCUUAGCCUGCAGCUUGGCGGGCACUGGAUGCGGCACUUUUUCAUGGCGCACACCUACCUGGAGUUGUACCUAAAUGACGACGGCCUGAAGAUCUACGAGGAUCUUCAAGCUUCGGGCUUCAGCAAAAGCAUCUAUUUGAUCGCACAAAUGGCUCUGGUCUAUCACAACAAGCGGGAUGUGGACAAGGCAAUUGAAUUGUACCAAGCACUUCUCGAGAACGAUCCCUACCGCCUAGACAAUGUGGACACCUACUCGAACCUCCUGUUCGUCAAGGAGAUGAAAACCGAGAUGGCCCAGUUGGCCCACAAGGCUGUGAGCAUCAAUAAGUACCGUCCGGAGACGUGUUGUGUGAUAGGCAAUUACUACAGCAUACGCUGUGAUCACCAGGUGGCAAUUUCCUACUUCCAGCGGGCUCUCAAGCUAAAUCCCAAGUACCUGGCCGCCUGGACGCUAAUGGGUCACGAGUUCAUGGAACUGAAGAACACUAAUGCAGCUAUACAAAGCUACCGAAAGGCAGUGGAGGUCAAUAAGCGGGACUACCGUGCCUGGUAUGGACUGGGUCAGGCCUAUGAGAUCAUCAAAAUGCACUACUACAGUUUGUACUACUUUAAAAUCGCCCAUCAACUGCGUCCCUACGACUCCCGCAUGCUGGUUGCCUUGGGUGAAACGUACGAAAAGCUGGACAAGUGCGAGAAUGCGGUUAAAUGCUAUUGGAAGGCCAUUGAUGUGGGUGAUAUAGAGGGCAUAGCCAUGUACAAACUGGCCAAUCUGCACGAGAAGCUCGGCGAUCACGAGACAGCGGUCCACUGCUACAUCAUGUACUGCGAGGAUGAGCGGGCGGCCACCGAUAAACAGAGCCUCUACCAGGGCUUUAUGACGCUGGCGAACUACUACGAGAAGAAGGCGGAUUACGAAAGAGCUGCCUAUUACGCUUACAAGUGUCUGGACUCCGAUGAUCGCAAAACAGAGGCGAAGGCAUUGCUGAAGACAAUCGACUGGAAGCGCAAUGCCGAGUGGCAAAAGAAGCCUAAAACUACCACGGCAGUGGCGAAUGCAGAGACCAGUUCCGAGGAUGAGAUGGAAUGGGAGCUCCAAGAUGUCCGAGUCCGUGUGCCCUUCACCUCCAUAGCAACCACGACGACCUCCACAACAGCAGCUGCUGCCGCAGGUUCAAGUAGCUCAUCGAACAGCUUACGUCCGGGUCGAUCUUUAGUAGAGGGGAUGCGUCGAUCGCAGGCCAACAGAACUAGCUUAACCCCGGCUGCCAGCAGUACUACAACCACAUCGGCAACUGCAGUCACAACGGCCACGGAGGAGACACCUGGAACAACCAGCGGCACAGCAAAUCCUACCGAGCAGCCGCCCUCGGAUGAUGCCAGCUCCAUGGAGAUAUCCAGCGUUUCCAUCGAUUAGUUAAAUUCGAUCCAAUUGUAAAUUGCUCUUUGUUUUUAUGAAUUAUAUUGGAAUUCCAAGUAAAUAUACUAGUCGUAUCAAGUUUGAGCAUAAA